CUUUUUCACUUACUGUAGUGCUUUUUUCCCUUGUAAAUGCUGCUAUGCUUCCAUUAUCGAAGCACACAUUGAGCUUAUCCACCUCAUUCUUUCUUCUUCUUUUUUUCUUUUAAUAUUAGGUUAAAAAGUCUUGUUCUUUCUUCGUUUCUUAAUGACGGGUUUUGCUCCUUUGUCGAUCAACUUUUUUACAGCUCUUGUGAUUCUAAAUGACUGACUUUUGGGAUUUGUUUUAUGGGUUUUUCUCAAAUUGAGGUCUACAAGCUUUAAAGGAGAGAAAUUGAGGUAAGAGUAAGUGGAUUGUAUGUAGAGUUUAUAAGGGAAAUCUUCCUUAAAUAUUCGUAGUUUGAUGAAUUCAAUUGAGGUUUUCAAGAUGACAAUUCAACUUGGUCAUUGUGUAGAAGGCAUAUAGUUCUUCUUGGUUUGUGUUUUUGUGGGGUUUAUAUGUAAUCUUUGAGAGAGUCAUUUUGUCAUUUAUGAAUUCAAUGGAGUCUUGGAGCUAUGUUUCUGGGGGCAAGGGUUUUGCAUCUGAGGAAUCUGUUUGUGCUUUUGAUGGGAUUGCAAAAGGUAAAAAUGGGUUGAUGGGUUGGGAAUUGAAAACCCCUAGUAGUUUUGGAAGCAAUAUGGUAGGCUCAAGACAAGAAUCAAUUGAGAAUCAGACUUGUGUUGAAUUGGGUUUUCCAGAGGUGAUGAGAGAAUCAAUACCCAAUGCCUCAAUCAGGGAUGUUAUGAGUAGCAAGGUUGGUGGGGGAAGAAUGUUCAAUCCAGCUAAAACUAUCACAAAUUCAUUCUCUGGGGAAGAGGAGUCCAGUUCUAAGCUAUCAAGCUCAGUUUUGGAGUCUAAUUGUAAGGACUCAUCAUUCAUUGAUUUGAAGUUGGGGAGGUUAGCUGAUCAUAGUGAUGCCCAAAAUUUUAAUUCCUCUGAGACAAUCCACAAUAUGUCUUCAGCAGAAUCAUCUAUGCUAGCUAAGAGAGUUCGAGCAGGGGGUUUGAAUUCUUCAACACCCUUUUGCCAAGUUUAUGGGUGUAAGAAAGAUCUUAGCUCCUCUAAAGAUUACCAUAAGAAGCAUAAAGUUUGUGAGGUUCACUCAAAGACUGCCAAAGUCAUUGUGAACGGCAUUGAACAAAGGUUUUGUCAACAAUGUAGCAGGUUUCAUUUGCUGGCUGAAUUUGAUGAUUGUAGACGCAGCUGCCGUAAACGUCUUGCAGGCCACAAUGCACGUCGAAGGAAACCUCAUGGGGGUAUUCACUCUGGCAGAACUGCGAGGUUGUUUCAGCCAUAUGAUGGUUCUGCAGGUAGCAGAUUCAAGGGGACAGCAUUUACAACAUCACCAUUCAUUUGCCAAGGUGUACUUCCCAGCAGCCUCUUGCAACCAAAGAAGUAUGAGAUGAAUGACUGGUCCAGGCACAUGAAAUUUGAAGAUGGGGCUGAUUAUAUUCCAUCAGCGAUUCCUAUUGCAAAUGAACAUCUGCAUUCAAAGUCAAUUUUCAGUUCUUAUGCUUUUGACAAACAUUGUCUCCCUACAGGAAGCAAAUUUAGUGAGAACAGUGAUGCGGUCUCAAACUUUGUCUCACAUUCUUUGGUUCCCACCCGCUCAAUAGGAAGUGAGGAAUUUACUUUUAUGAACUCAACAGCGCCUAUUCAGGGGCCAUCAGAAGUAUCAGAUUCUGGUCAUGCUCUCUCUCUUCUGUCAUCUCAAUCAAAGAAUUCUCCAAGUCAUUCAUCAGGAAUCCCCAUGGCUCACACACUGACUAUCCCAGGCAGCACUGCUCAUUAUAGUGUAAGAUCAUUCUGUGAGAAACCCUUGGGAGUGAGCAUGCAGGCGUCAACAAGUGGAGAAUCAAGCCACAUUCUCUCAUCUGGGAUAAAUUCUGUAGCAGAGACUCACUUAGAUCCCAUUCUCAUUUCUGAUGGUACUGAUGCUAUCAACUUUGUAAUGGAUGGAAUUUUCCAUGGGUCGGAAUAUAUAAAUGGCAAGGACAGUCUUUCUGGUGAAGAUGGGCCUACUAUUGAUUUGCUUCAACUUUCGUCACAGCUUCAGUGAGGUAAGCAUCAAAAGCAUUUUGUGCUGGUGAAGCUCUUUCUGCGGCCUCAGGAUCACUUAAGUUGUACUGGAACAAGGUACUUCAGUAGUUUCUAGACAAUCAAAUUUCCAUUUAUUUUACUGAAAUAGGUCAGAAAUAUUUUCCAGCUUUGCUAUGCGCUAUUGGGUCGAAAGGGUCCGGAGACAUUGCUUCUUUGGUCCUAAAAACUGUCUCAGUAAGCAAUAUGUUUGGC